AUGUCGCAGGUGACAUUGAAGACAGUUGAUGACGAACUCAAGGAUGUCAUCCAGCAUCUAUUCGAGAUCCAAAGUGCUGUCCACGGCUACCUGGGACCAGAGACACAACAAGAGCUUGUCCGCAAGAUAAAAAGCCUCACCCUCGCACUUUCAACCCUUUCAACACACACUCAACCUCCCAAAUCUCAAGAUCCCCUCCCAGAACAAGACCCCUCCAACCCCUUGCUCGCCAACAUCCAGCUCCCACCAGAAAUCAUCGACUACGUCGACUCAGCCCGCAACCCAGACAUCUACACUCGUGAGUUCGUCGAACUCGUUCAGCGCGGUAAUCAAGAUCUGCGCGGCAAGCGCGAGGCAUUCGCCGGGUUCAGGGACGUGCUGGCGCGUGAAAUGCGUAGCGCCAUGCCUGAGUGUCGUGCAGAGGUCGAUCGUACGGUCCAGGCUUCUGGAGGCAAGGUUGGGGAUGAAGCUGGGAAUUAG